AUGACAUAUGUUCAACUUUAUAUUCCAUUGGAAACGUCUAGAGAAACUGUCUGUUUGCUAGGUAACCUCGGAAAUCUUAUGUUUCGAGACCUUAAUAAAGACUUGACUGAUUUCCAAAGAAACUACGUUUCCCAAUUACGUAAAUUUGAUGACGUGGAAAGAUUGAUCCAUUACAUGAAGAAUAUACUCGAAAAGCAUUCUGAGUCAACGUGGAAAUACAUUCUUCAUAUUGAUCAGGAUGGGAAUGACAUACAGGACCCAACUUUAUCACAAUUAUUGCAUUCAUUGGGUACACAUUCUCAAGAUUCUAUCAAUAAUUUAGUGGAUGAUAUCAACGGUUUUGAAAAUAGAGUAAGGCAAUUAGAUGAUUCUCUAGAUAACCUUAAGAUGAAACUGAAUGGACUAGUAGAAAAUAGACACGUGGUAAUGGAAUGUUCCAAAUUCUUGGAAAUAAAUCCUGGUGUUAUUGGUAGAGUGACUCGUCAAGCUCGUGAAGCAGGAAAUGCUGAAAUUGAUGCUGAUGAUUUCAUUUUUGAUGACGACGCCGUGAGUCAGACUUUAAGCAAUACUGGCUUCUCCAUAGAUAGUAGUAAUGAUGGAGAAUCCACCAACGGACAUCAGAAUAUUUAUGACAACAAUGGUGGUUCAAGAGAGGAUUUUGGAUUCUUAGAACAAGGAUUGCAACAUAGAUUCAUGAUCGCAGGUUCUAUUAGAAGAACGAAAGUGGAAUUACUUAAUAGAAUCUUAUUUAGACUACUACGUGGUAACUUAUUUUUCCAAAAUUUCCCAAUAGAUGAACCAUUACUAGAGGAUAACGAAAAAGUCCAAAAAGAUUCUUUUAUUGUAUUCACACAUGGUGAUUUAUUAUUAAGUAAAGUGAAACGUGUUAUUGACUCGCUGAAUGGGAACAUUGUGUCUUUAGAGCAACAAGCCCAUACUUCUCUUCAAGAUUUGAAUACUCAAAUCACUGAUAUGCAACGAGUUGUCCAAUCAACGGAACAGACCUUACACACAGAACUACUGGUAGUAAAUGAUCAACUACCUACCUGGAAUGCCAUUGUUAAACGAGAAAAAUAUAUUUAUUCCACGUUAAACCUUUUUAAAGAGGAAAGUCAAGGGUUAUUAGCAGAGGGGUGGAUUCCAUCAUCAGAAGUGGACCAAUUAUCAAAUUCAUUAAAAGACUAUACCGAAACCAUUGGAUCAGAAUAUGGUACCGUUGUUAACAUAAUCCACACUAAUAAAUCUCCACCAACUUAUCAUAGAACCAACAAAUUUACAGGCGCAUUUCAAUCUAUUGUUGAUGCAUACGGAACAGCCACUUAUAAAGAAAUUAAUCCUGGUCUAGCAACAAUAGUUACGUUUCCAUUUAUGUUUGCCAUCAUGUUCGGUGAUGCAGGUCACGGAUCCAUUUUAUUACUAAUUGCGCUUUACAUGAUCUUUAAUGAGCGUAAGUUUGAUGCAAUGCAAAGAGGAGAAAUAUUUGACAUGGCAUACACUGGUAGGUAUGUUAUUUGCCUAAUGGGCGCAUUUUCCAUUUACACUGGUUUCUUAUACAAUGAUAUAUUUUCAUUAUCAAUGAACCUGUUUAGUUCAGGUUGGAAAUGGCCUUCUACUUUUUUGAAAGGUGAAACAAUUGAGGCCACAAAAGUUGGGGUAUAUCCAUUUGGGCUGGAUUUUGCAUGGCAUGGGACAGAUAAUGGUUUACUCUUCUCCAAUUCUUAUAAGAUGAAAUUGUCAAUUUUGAUGGGAUUUAUCCAUAUGACUUACUCAUACAUGUUCUCUUACAUUAAUUACAAAUUCAGAGGAUCAAGAAUCGACAUAAUCGGUAACUUUAUUCCAGGUCUGAUAUUCAUGCAGUCAAUUUUCGGUUAUCUGUCAUGGGCUAUUGUUUAUAAAUGGUCGAAGGACUGGAUUAAAGAUGGUAAACCUGCACCAGGGUUGUUAAACAUGCUUAUUAGUAUGUUUUUAUCACCUGGUACAAUCGACGAGCAACUUUACACUGCACAAGCCUUUAUUCAAAAAGUUCUUCUGCUAGCUGCUCUUAUUUGUGUUCCGUGGUUACUUUUAUACAAGCCUUUAAUGUUAAGAAGACAAAAUAAGAAUUCUAUUGCAAGAGGCUACCAAAGUAUUCAAGAUGAACAGACUAACCAAACAAUAUUGGAUUCAGAAGCAGCUUCGAAUGAUGGCAAUAUGAUAAUUACCGACUUUCAAAUCCAAGACGAUGGUGCUGAAGAUGGAGAAGGUCAAGAGGAGUUUAAUUUUGCUGAUGUAAUGAUUCAUCAAGUUAUUCAUACCAUUGAGUUUUGUUUAAACUGUAUUUCCCACACUGCGUCAUAUUUACGUUUAUGGGCAUUAUCUUUGGCUCAUGCACAACUAUCGUCUGUUUUAUGGACCAUGACUAUAUCUAAUGCGUUUAGUUCAAAGAACUCUGGUUCUGUUCUUUCAGUUGCCAAAGUAGUGUUCUUAUUCGGAAUGUGGUUUGUGUUAACCGUUUGCAUCCUGGUAUUUAUGGAAGGAACGUCUGCUAUGCUUCAUGCUCUGCGUUUGCAUUGGGUUGAAGCCAUGUCUAAAUUUUUCGAGGGGGAGGGGUACCCUUAUGAACCAUUCUCAUUCAACAAUCUUAUAGAACAAUAA